UGACGGGGCGUAUGUUCUACGUGACGAUUUGAUGAAAGACAUUGUGUCUGAAAUCAUUCAUCCUCCACCUCUGAUAAUUCAUGUGGGGAAGUUGGCAGUUACUUGCGGAGAACAGGUUUUGUACUGGUACAGAAUCCAGGAACACUGGUUAACUGCCCGCCGUUAUAUGACUGAAAUACUAUUGAAAAAAUGGUGUUAAAACCCAAAACAAAAAAACUCCACUGAUUUUAAGUUGGUAAGGUGAAUUUUGCCAGAAUAUUUAAGGAAAAAUUUAUGUUAUAUUAAAGAGGCCAUCCUUUGCCCAUCCCUUAAGUGGCAUCUUAAUGCAAGUUAUAUACUGUAUUUCCUUUGUCUUCAAAAAUAAAGUUGCAUUCUGUAAUAUUUAUAUUCCAUGCACUUUCUUUGUUUUCUGCAUUUUUAGCUCGUCUGAUUUUUUGAAAAAAAGAUCUGUGUGUUAGUGUCAUCUCUAGAUGAUUAUUGUUGGUUAAGUUUUUAGCUCACCUGAGCACAAAAUUCUGGUUACCAUAGCAUCCAAAAGGAAAAACAUGAACAGUUUAAAAAUUCUGUCUAAAACAAGAAGGUCGAGAGCUUAGAUAUUUAAGAUUCAGCAUUUCAUUUUCUAGUAGUGAUCUACCAAAGUUGUUCAAAUCAUGCCCCUAGUGUCAAACUUGGCCACACCAAGGAGUUUACUUGUUUUAUAUAGAAACUUCUCAAACUUCUCUAAUACUAUAAGACCCACAUGUUGAAUAUUUUGCAUGAAGCAUUGUGUAGUGGUUCUCUACCAAGUUUGUUCAAAUUACAUCUCUUAGGUUAAAAUUGGCUCUGCCCAGAGGUUCAUUUGUUUCUCCAAAACCACAAGGCCCAGUCUCAGCUAAGAUAUUUGGCAGAAUUGUCCAGUGGUCCUCUACCAAUGUUAUUCAAGUUGUGCCUCUUAGAUUAAAAAUUGGCUCUAUCCUGGGGAUCACAUGUUUUACAUAAAAACUGUAGAAAAUCUUCUGAAACUAAAGCCCUAGAUAUUUGGCUUCUAACAUUUGGAGAUAUCCUUUACUAAGCUUGGUCAAAUUAUGCCCCAGGGGUCAAACUGGCCCUACCCAUGGGGUCACUUGUCUUACUGUCUCCAAUCUCAAGGCUUUAUGCAUAGAUAUUUGUCAUAUAGCAUUGUUCAUGUACCCAAUUGAGCUUGGUGAACAAUUUAGGGCCAUCAUGAUCAUGGCCCUCUUGUUUAUAUAUAUAGGUCCACAUUUCUCAAAAACUAGAAGAGCUAUAGCUUGGAAACUAAAAUUCAAACUUGUUUAUUAUCAUUAGUUAAGUAAAUAAGCCAAAAACCCUCCCUCUUGCUUGUCGUUUGCAAGAAUUAAGACCUCUUUUGUAAACUAAUUUGAAUUUCUUAGCUAACUUUUGUUUAGUUAUUUUUUCCUGAAUUCUGUAAGAGCAAUAGAUUUGAAAGUUUGCAUACUUGUUUAUCCUCAUUACUUGAAUAUGUAGGCCAAGAACCAUAAUUCUUGCUUGCAUUUAGUCCUUUAUAGCCCUUUAUUGCUUUAAAAAUUGGAUUUUUUGGAGGUUAUUUUUUAGGUCCACUUUUCAUGAAUACUAAAAGAGCUUUGGAUUUGAAACUUUGGACACUUAACGAGGACCACAAUGGAAAUAAGGAAAAUCACUUUUCCAUUUUUGUGUUAUCCUUGGUAUUGGUGUGCAUAUUGUGACGUUUCCUUCAUGCUUGGCCAGAAUAUUUAAAGAAAAAUUUAUGUUAUAUUAAAGAGGCCAUCCUUUGCCCAUCCCUUAAGUGGCAUCUUAAUGCAAGUUAUAUACUGUAUUUCCUUUGUCUUCAAAAAUAAAGUUGCAUUCUGUAAUAUUUAUAUUCCAUGCACUUUCUUUGUUUUCUGCAUUUUUAGCUCGUCUGAUUUUUUGAAAAAAAGAUCUGUGUGUUAGUGUCAUCUCUAGAUGAUUAUUGUUGGUUAAGUUUUUAGCUCACCUGAGCACAAAAUUCUGGUUACCAUAGCAUCCAAAAGGAAAAACAUGAACAGUUUAAAAAUUCUGUCUAAAACAAGAAGGUCGAGAGCUUAGAUAUUUAAGAUUCAGCAUUUCAUUUUCUAGUAGUGAUCUACCAAAGUUGUUCAAAUCAUGCCCCUAGUGUCAAACUUGGCCACACCAAGGAGUUUACUUGUUUUAUAUAGAAACUUCUCAAACUUCUCUAAUACUAUAAGACCCACAUGUUGAAUAUUUUGCAUGAAGCAUUGUGUAGUGGUUCUCUACCAAGUUUGUUCAAAUUACAUCUCUUAGGUUAAAAUUGGCUCUGCCCAGAGGUUCAUUUGUUUCUCCAAAACCACAAGGCCCAGUCUCAGCUAAGAUAUUUGGCAGAAUUGUCCAGUGGUCCUCUACCAAUGUUAUUCAAGUUGUGCCUCUUAGAUUAAAAAUUGGCUCUAUCCUGGGGAUCACAUGUUUUACAUAAAAACUGUAGAAAAUCUUCUGAAACUAAAGCCCUAGAUAUUUGGCUUCUAACAUUUGGAGAUAUCCUUUACUAAGCUUGGUCAAAUUAUGCCCCAGGGGUCAAACUGGCCCUACCCAUGGGGUCACUUGUCUUACUGUCUCCAAUCUCAAGGCUUUAUGCAUAGAUAUUUGUCAUAUAGCAUUGUUCAUGUACCCAAUUGAGCUUGGUGAACAAUUUAGGGCCAUCAUGAUCAUGGCCCUCUUGUUUAUAUAUAUAGGUCCACAUUUCUCAAAAACUAGAAGAGCUAUAGCUUGGAAACUAAAAUUCAAACUUGUUUAUUAUCAUUAGUUAAGUAAAUAAGCCAAAAACCCUCCCUCUUGCUUGUCGUUUGCAAGAAUUAAGACCUCUUUUGUAAACUAAUUUGAAUUUCUUAGCUAACUUUUGUUUAGUUAUUUUUUCAUGAAUUCUGUAAGAGCAAUAGAUUUGAAAGUUUGCAUACUUGUUUAUCCUCAUUACAUGAAUAUGUAGGCCAAGAACCAUAAUUCUUGCUUGCAUUUAGUCCUUUAUAGCCCUUUAUUGCUUUAAAAAUUGGAUUUUUUGGAGGUUAUUUUUUAGGUCCACUUUUCAUGAAUACUAAAAGAGCUUUGGAUUUGAAACUUUGGACACUUAUCGAGGACCACAAUGGAAAUAAGGAAAAUCACUUUUCCAUUUUUGUGUUAUCCUUGGUAUUGGUGUGCAUAUUGUGACGUUUCCUUCAUGCUUGGCCAAUUUUAUGUAUUUUUGCAUCUAGUUGUUACUGCCAUCCUGUGUUCAUUUUUUACCAAAAUAAAUCUUUCUAUCUAUCUGCCAAGAACCAUAACUCCCUUUUACAUUUUUUUAAGAAUUAUUGCCUUUUUAAACUUAGAAAAUUGUCUUAACAUCAUGAUUGUACUUACAAGUGAGAGUGAUGCACGCGUUAUACAUUUGUUUUAUAAAACUUGCACUAGAGAAUGGGAUAUUUAUGCUUCAUUAGGUAUCACACUUGUUGCACUUGUGGCAAAGGCAGCGCAUUGAGGAACACCUGUGCAUUUAAUUUAUUUCUAAAGGCAUUUAAACAAACAUGUGUCAUUUAAAUUCAAAAUGACAAAAGUUUUUUUAAAGCAUUUGUAAAGGGCUAUUUUUUUAUAAUUAUUUAGACAAAAGUCAUUUCAUUUAUCUAUUAUUAAACUUUCUUGAGCAAAAAUAGAAAAAAAAAUUGUAAAAAGGCAAAAGUGCUUUUUCAUUCUUGAAAGUUUAUCAAAGUUGAAAUUAUUUUCCAAUAAAAGUUAUUCAAUUGUCUACAGUGUUGCAAAGAAUGCUUUAUAGUAAUUUAAGGGCCGAAAUUGAUAAAACUUGCACAUUUUAUUUCUAUGUUACAAUGAGAAGUAAAGUGCAUUUUUCAAUAAUUUCCCAAACUAAAUGAAGAACUAUUGUCAACGUUUUAGUUGUUAACACUUUCAAAUGGUAGUAUUGGCAACAUUAGUUGUAGGAGUGUAAUAAACCGUUCCACCACCGUGUUACCUACCGUGAACAAGUCCGUUUUCUGCACCUUGCACAACUAUAAAGACAUUGUUAUUCAAUAUUGUUCAAAUAUUAAAUUGGCAUUUUGAAUUAAACAAAACCAUUUGUUUGAAAGUGUUUGUAUUGUUAAGUAACAUUUCAGUAUUUAGCAAAGGAUAUUAUAUUCUCACAUUUAGUGAUUAAAAACAAAAUAUCCAUUUAUAGAAAGAAAUAAAUUAUUCAAAACUUUAGACGUAAAAAUUAAAGUAAAAAAUAGGUUUGGAAAGUGGAAAGAAAUCUGUUUUUUUGUGUAUUUUUACAAAAGAUAUUUUCUAAGGGUACGAAAAUGAACUUUAUGAAAAGUCAUAAAAAAGCAGCUCCAGAGGAGCCUCCCUUGGUUCCAUUUGUUGUGGGUCCAGGCUACAUAUUGUCAAAGAGUAAAGCGAAAUAUUCAGUAACGCUAAAAGAUGAAUUAUUCGAGCCGACUCAUGAUGAAGAGACAAAGGGAAGAUCUGAGUCACCUUAUCUUAAAAUACCUUGCUAUGGAGAGACUGGGAAGAAACAUGAAGACCAUGAAAGGGACAAUCUUAUAUCUCAGCUACAGGAGAGGAUUUCAGACCUGACCUUGUAUCUUGAGGAAGAGAGGCUCAACCAUAAACAGACAAAACUCAAGGGAGAUGAAUUUCUCAAAGACAGAGUCGAGGAACUUGAAAAUGCCAAGAGAAAUGCUGUUGCAGAAAAAGAACGGGAAGGUGAAGAAGAGUUAGACAAAUUGAAGAAAGCAAUGGAAACAGAACAUACCAACUACAAAACAAAUGCUGAAGCUCAAAUAGCACGGAUGAAGAAAGAGAUAGAAUUUCUACAAGGAGCAUUUGAAUCAUACAAAUCUUCAUUACAUCAAGAAACAGAUGAGAAAUGGAAGAGAAAGGAGGAAGAUUUAAAAAAUGACCUUGAGAUGCAGAAAAAUAAAGAACUUCAAGAAAUGAAACAAAAAUUUAUGCAAGAGAAGGCAUUAGAGAAAAGUCAAUGGAGUAAAGAUCAGCACAGGGCAAUAGACGCAAUACGCAAGGAAAACAAGAGGGAAAUGGAUAGUUUGAUACGAAAGUUCUCCAAUGUAGCAGCAGAUUUAGAAAGAUUGCAGAAAUGUACUGCAGAGUUACAAGAAACGAAGGCAGAGUUAGCUAUUGUAACAGAGCGGUAUAAUGAGACUUGUCAGCAGUUAGCUAAAAUCACAACUACACUUACUGAUACGAAAGUCCGUUUGUUUGCCUUUGAGGAACAGUUUGAUCAGAAAGUUCAAGAAGUUGAUGAGAAAUACAAACAGAAAAUAGAUGAACUAAUGACUCAGAACACUGAACUCAAACGAUUGUAUGUGAGUAAAUGUGGGGAACUGUAUGAAGAGAAAGUUUUAUUUGAAAGAGACAGACAGGAACGUGUAAUGACAGCCAAAGAAACUAUGCAUAAAAUGCUGCAGUCUAAACAUAAAGCUGAAGUCAAUCUGACGCCGGGGUUGAAGGAGAUCGAGGACAAACAGCGAGUGCCAAAACUACGCCCAGGCAGCGCACCAAUCACAAAGUCAGAGACUCAAACUGCUGCCUUAAGUGCCGGAGAAACAGAACAUCUGAAAACUCCAGAAGGUGAUAGUGUUCGUCCGACUGUGGUUUUACCUGAAGAUUCAGAGGAAAUUGAACAGUUGAGAAAAUCAUUAAUGAAAGACGUUAAAUCUAUGCCAAAAGAAGAACUGUUAAAAACAGUGUCUGAUACAGUUUCAUGAUUUCUAUGACUGAAGGAAUAUCUAUAUGUAAAUCCACGUGUGCCACAUGCAGCAGAGAUUUUUAAACUAUGAUCAUUCUCAAAACAGGGCAGUGGUAAAACUUUUUAUACCAAUUAGAUUGCUAGGUUAUCUCCCUUGUCACACUUUCUUCAGAAGUUCCACCUUUUUUUAGAAUUCGUCACACGUUUUUGAUCUAUAUUUCAGAAUGCCUUGAAGAAUGGCAGGCACCUAUAUUUACAUGUCAUGUUCAUUAGAAACUAUUUAUUUCAUUACCUCAUGUAGAAAGACCAGAUUAUGUCUGUGAAGUCUUUAUUGUGAGAGAUUUGAGUCUCAGUUUUCAGUCUGAAUUGGUUGGCUACCUUUUAACCUUGGCAUAACAGGCAAGUUUCUGUUACCUCUGAGGAGUCUAUUUUUAGUAGUAUAUUAUUGUCUAUGGUAUGUGGAAAAGUAACCGGUCACUUGAUUCCCUUUGCUGUAAAAAAUGUUAGAGAGACAUGUUUAGGGGAGGACCGAACUUGAAAAAUGUGAGUUACCUUAUUAGGCUAGCCUGUAUGAAUAGGAGAAUAGUCAAGCUAGCUUGUGUCUCUGGGGAUGUUGAAUAGUUGAGCUAGUUUGUGUCCCCGGUGAUAGGUUAGUUUGAUAUGCAGCUUCUGUGAUAUAUAACUUUUUACCAAAUCUAAAUACUGUUGUGGUUCUUUAAAGUAUUUUUACAUUCCAUUUUAAGUUUGUCAAAAGUCAAAUCAGUUCAGUCAGUUUGUAUUUCAUUACUAUUUAGUGGGGAUGGGGGUAGUGAAGUAUUCAGCGGGGAUGGGAGUAGUGAAGUAUUCAGUGGGAAUGGGGGGUUAGUGAAGUAUUCAGUGGGGAUGCGGGUAGGGGAGAUUUGACUAAAUUUCGUGGUUGCAUCAAACCAUCAAUAUUAGUCCCAUCAUAACAGAGAACUCUUGUUACUUGUAUCUGCAAAAUAUAUAUCCCAACCUAAAAUUCUCAUUCCCCCCAAAGGGCUGUUUUUGGCAAAAAGAAAUAAUACAUUUCGACAAAAUUGAAUUGUUUCUCACUAUUGUCUGUCAAAUGAACAUGCACAUAGAUCUGAAACGGUAGUAUUAUUUUACAGGCCUGUCUCAUUUAUCAGCGUUUCCUAUAGCGUACUGCAAUUUUAUUUAUUUUCAUUCUAAUAGUUUGUUAUUUUUUUCCAACUGUAAAUGUAUGUUUAUUAUAUCAAAAUUAUUGUGUAGUUUACCUUUACAUUCUGUGAUGUUUAUAUACAGUAUUAGAAGUAGAGAUUAGAAAAAAUAGAUAUUUUCAUUGUAGGUAUAUUUAUAGUUUAUAGAAAUAUAUUUCCUUUUACACUGUUAAGAAUAUAUUGAGUAUACAUGUACUGAAAAAAAUAUAUGAAUGUUAGCUUGUCAUUCAGUUUUUGUUAUAAGGAAAGAAACUGUUAUCUGAAAGGUUAAGGAGAAAGUAAAGAGGUGACCAAAUCUAGAUGGUAUUACAGUAAGGCUGCAUUAUUGUUGGAUAUUUGUUGUCUUUACAAAAUUGUAGUGACUUCUUAUGAAUAAAAAAAAAAAAGUUUAAAUUUUUUACCUAAGUUCAACAGUCAUCCAACAUCAUAGUCCAAAAUUGUACAACUUUUAUACAAUGUCAGGUGUUUGCUGGGUAAAUUAUUUUUGCAAAGUAGUCACUAUAUGUAUAUAUACUAAUUGCUAUGAAGCCUUCAUUGACCAUAUAAAAAUCACAUGCUUUAUUAAGAUCUCAAAAUACAGUCUUCUUGUUUGGGGAGUUGUUUUUUGUUGUUGUUGAUUUUUAUAUAAAAGAGUCCAAAACAGGGUGUUGGAAAAAUAUAUCCAGUAAACGCAAUGUCAUUUUGCUUAUUUUAUUAAGGUAUCUGAUCCAUAAAAAAGCAAGUUCUUUACAACAAUGCUAUUAAAAUAUAACAAAUCAAAGUGCUAUAAAAAUAUUUUUACUUCUUUGAUCAAAUAUUGAUGCCUGGUAAGCUCAUAUAAUUUUGGUAUCAUUUGAAAAUGUAUUGUCUACUGAAAAAGAAAAUAUCAAUUACUUGACAAAAAAAAAUAUAAUACAGAAUUUUCAUUUUUUUAUUUUAUAGCUUUCAAUGUUACUUCAACAGAAAUCCAUAGUAUAGUGUAAGCUUUGUCAUUUUGCAGUAAAAAACAGGAUUGUAAUGAUUCUUGCAUAUAUUUAGAGUCAUCUUAUUUUCUAAUUCUUGUUACGCAGACACAACUCUUUCAAAUGAUACCAAAAAAAUAUGGGGUCACCAGGCUUCGAAAUAUUACCUAUUUGUGAGUCGGAUACCUUAAACUUAGAUAAAGAAGAAAAAAGAUUAAUUUAUCUUAAGUUUUGAACAACUUAUUUUGUUUGGUUUUUUCUGUAUUAAGUAUUUCCUUAGAAUUAGAUAAUUUUUUCUGCUUGAUGAUACUUUUGCCCAAUAUUUUUAAAGAAUAGAGAUAAACACAAAUAUUUAAGGGACAGUCACUUAAACUGCAGGAUUUCCUCAAUUUAAGUAUUGACUCUGUUAAAAAUUAUUUUGUGCUGUUUCUAAUGCUUCAACAUUUUUAGCUCGACUUUUCAAAUGUAGAGUAUUGCACCUGCCCAAUCGUCAGCAUUGCAGUUGGUUAAAGUUUUUGAUAAAGUCAGAUAUCUCUGUUGCUGCCAGAGCUAUUGACUAAUGAAACUUAAAAUAGUUAUUUACUAUCACAGUCUACACCAGGAGAAACAAUCUUGAUAGAUAACUCUGAUUUUAAUUUUGACAGAUUUAUGCUCCUUUUUAUCUUAGAAUUUUUUUUUUUAAAGUUUCGAUAAAGUCAAAUAUCUCUGUUAUUAUCAAAGCUUUUGAUUUGACUUAACUUAAAGUAGUUAUUUACUAUCAAAUUCUACACCAGGAGAAACAAUCUCCAUAACUCUGGUUUGAAUUUUGACAGAUUAAUGCCCAUUUUUAGCUCGACUAUUUGAAGAAUAGUCUAGCUAUUCUACUCACCCUGGCGUCGGCGUCGGCGUCACACCUUAGUUAAGUUUUUGCAUGCAAGUACAUACAGCUAUCAUUUAAAGGCAUAUAGCUUUGAAACUUAUUUAUUCUUUUUCUAGGUCAGUUACCAACCUCACUGGGUCAAGUUCCAUAACUCUAACAUGUAUUUUGAGCAAAUUAUCCCCCCUUUUGGACUUAGAAAAUUCUGGUUAAAGUUUUACAUGCAAGUUACUAUCUCCAAAACUAAUGUAGAUACUGAAUUGAAACUUCACAUGUGUCUUCGGGGUUAUAAAACUAGUUGAUAGCAGCAAGUCCCAUAACUCUGACCUUCAUUUUGGCCAAAUUAUGCCCCCUUUUGGACUUAGAAAAUUCUGGUUAAAGUUUUGCGUGCAAGUACGUACAGCUAUUACCAAAAGGCAUAUACAUUUGAAACUUAUUUUUUCUUUUUCUAGAUCAAUUACCUACAUCACUAGGUCAAGUCCAAUAACUCUGACAUGUAUUUUGGCCAAAUUAUGCCCCCUUUUGGACUUAGAAAAUUCUGGUUAAAGUUUUGUGUGCAAGUACAUACAGCUAUUACUAAAAGGCAUAUGGAUUUAAAACUUAUUUUUUCUUUUUCUAGAUCAAUUACCUACCUCACUGGGUCAAGUCCCAUAACUCUGACAUGUAUUUUGGGCAAAUUAUGCCCCCUUUUGGACUUAGAAAAUUCUGGUUAAAGUUUUACAUGCAAGUUACUAUCUCCAAAACUAAUGCAGAUAUUGAAUUGAAACUUCACAUGUGUCUUCGGGGUUAUAAAACUAGUUGACAGAAUCAAGUCCCAUAACUCUGACAUGUAUUUUGGGCAAAUUAUGCCCCCUUUUGGACUUAGAAAAUUCUGGUUAAAGUUUUACAAGCAAGUUACUAUCUCCAAAACUAAUACAGAUAUUGAAUUGAAACUUCACAUGUGUCUUCGGGGUUAUAAAACUAGUUGACAGAAUCAAGUCCCAUAACUCUGACAUGUAUUUUGGGCAAAUUAUGCCCCCUUUUGGACUUAGAAAAUUCUGGUUAAAGUUUUACAUGCAAGUUACUAUCUCCAAAACUAAUGCAGAUAUGGAAUUGAAACUUAACAUGUUUCUUCGGGGUUAUAAAACUAGUUGAUAGCAUCAAGUCCCAUAACUCUGAUAUGCAUUUUGGUCAAAUUAGGUCCCCUUUCGAACUUAAAACUCUUUUGAUAUUUAACAUUUUGGGUAAUAAUUUCCUGCUUCUGUGACAAUAUUUUGAAUAGUCGAGCUUGGCUGUCUUACGGACAACUCUUGUUAACUUAGAUUGUUUGGUUAAAGUUUUUGUUAAAGUCAAAUAUCUCUGUUACUAUCAAAGAUUUUUACUUGAAACUUGAAAUAGUUAUUUACUAUCACAGUCUACACCAGGAGAAACAAUCUUCAUAACUCCAAUUGAAUUUUGACAGAUUUAUGCCCCUUCUAAACUUAUAAUAUUUUGGUUAGUUUUUGAUAAUGUCAAAUAUCUCUGUUACUAUCAAAGUCUACACCAGGAGAAACAAUCCCCAUAACUCUGAUUUGAAUUUUGAUAGAGUUAUGCCCCUUUUUAACUUAGAAAGUUUUAUAUAAUGUCCAAUAUCUCUGUUACUAUCAAAGCUAUUGACUUGAAACUUAAAAUAGUUAUUUACUAUCAAAGGCUACACCAGGAGAAACAAUUUCCAUAACUCUGAUUAUAAUUUUGUCAUAUUUAUGCCCUUUUUACUGGCAAAGCUCUAAUUCAGAGUCAAGCACUGAGAAAAGUCGAGCAUGCUGUCUUACAGAGAGCUCUUGUUAUUAUUGUAUUUUACAUAGACACUUAAUAAAUAAUCUAACCCAGCACUUGAUAUUUUGGAAUGUCUAUUUUUUUUUUUUUUUUUUUUUUUUUUGUAAUUUAUCACACUUGUAGCACAAACUUUGUUGUCAAAAACAGACUGAAAUGUCAAUAAAAUAAAAUAAUGUGAUCAUGAUUUUUUCAUACAUUUUGCAAUCUAAACCCAUUUUUAAAAAAUCAUAAAAAUAGACUUUUGCUUUAAAUUGAUGGUCAUUUACUAGGAAGCAUUCUCUUAACAUAAAGAUAUGGAUUUGAUAAUUCCAGAGAUCAGACAUAAGAUUUCUUCUUAAGUAUGAGAGGAUAGAAAUGUUGCUUUCUUUUUGUUACAAACUUUUUAUUUAUAAUGAAAUUUUGCUGUUUAUAGUUUCAAGAAAUGUAAAUGUUUGUCCUUGAUGUUUAAAAAAAUAUUGUUAGAUUGUAUACAUUGAAUAAAUUUAUAUGAUAACAGUGUUAAAUUUGACUGAAAUUUACAUAUAUUUCUAACAACAUACUGUUAUAAAUGAAUAUUCCAAAUUUGCAGGUAUUUGAGAAAACAAAAUACAGUGUUGUGUUAGAAGAUUGUUAAAUGUAUACUUUUGUUAGAUCUGAGAUACAUUGUUUUUAUUAACAUGAAUAAAUUAAUUUUAAAACAAAA